UAAGCACGAACAUCCUUUUCCCUCCACACACAUCAAAAUCCACAGUUUGGUCCAUAUAUUGCUAUAUAUAUAGAGAAGCAGUUAGGCAUUUAAUUAAGGUUGCAUACAGACAGAUACAUACGCAACGAAACUAUCAAAGCCGAAGUAACACACACACAAAAAUCAUAUGAAGAAACUAAAUUCUAAAGGGAUUAGACUCUCCGAAUUGAUGGAGAAAUGGAGAAGAAGGAAGAAAGGGCACUUCGCUGUGUACACGAACGAAGGGAAGAGAUUCGUUUUACCAUUGGAUUAUCUGAAUCAUCCGAUGUUACAGGUGCUAUUGCAAAUGGCUGAGGAUGAGUUUGGGACUACCAUUGAUGGUCCUUUAAAAGUUCCUUGCGAUGGAAGUUUAAUGGAUCACAUCAUCAUGCUUGUGAGAAGGAGCAUGUCCCAUGAUUAUGAUGAUGUGGAGAAGUCUUCCACGAGCAGCACCUGCAAGGGAGCUUCAAUCUCUUCUCUCUUUCGUGGACAGAGCCAGCUUCAGUCAUUAGUUUCCUAACCAUUUGGAGUAAUUGUUAACUUUUUUUGGAGAAGGGUUGUUCUAUUUUGUGUAUACCAACAUGAUCUUGUAAUAAAUUAAUUAUUGUAAUGUAUCAAUGAUACAGUAUCAUCAUUUGAUUUUGAGUCUUUUUUUGACGGUUAAAACAACGAUUUGGGACGAAGUUAUAGGCCCUGAAUGGAUGCUGAUUUUGGAUUCAGUUUUUGAAUUUAGAUUUUAGUUUA